AUGGCCUUUAGUAGAAGUCCUGUCAAAACUCCAACGCUGGUUGGUUCGUCAGUAAGGGAUAUUGACGAUGUUGAUACCAAAGAAGAGCCUUUCGUUAAAGUUCAUGACCGUUCGAGAUCAUUAAAUAGGAUCUCCCAACGGUCUCGUUCACCAAGAGUUGAUGAUGAGUAUACUACUGUUGACGAAUUAAAUCGUGAAGGUGCUUUGCUAACUGAAGAAACAGAUAUUGAUUUAGAUAAGUCUAUGCCAAUCAAAGACUUAACUGAGGAUUGUACUAAAUAUACUCUGAAUAAGAAAUUAAAUAGGAAUGAUAAUAAAAACUUAUUUCAUCAUCCCAAAGGAAAUGUUGAAGAUAAGAAUAUUUUGAGGAAUUCUUAUGGUCAAGCUAUUAAAUUUGGAUCUGAUAGACCACAUCUAGCUCACGGCGAAUCUUAUCAAUCGGUAGGGGAUGGUACUGAGAAUGACGCUGAAGUUAAUGAAAGGUUAGGCAGGACCAAUGAUAAACCUUCACUUUCAAAAGAUUAUCUAAGAUCUUUGUCUAAGUCUUUGACUCGAGAAAAAAAUAGAGACCGUUCUCCUAAUGGUAGAGGUAUGACUACUUUUGAUGAUAAAAUAUAUUCAACUAAUAAUUAUACGAUAUCUCAAGUUGAUAUUGGGAAUGUUUCAUCUAAUAUUAUAGCGGAAGAAGAGCAAGAAGAUAGAGAAGGUGUCUUAUUGGAUGAUCAAGGUAAUGAAGAAUAUUCGAGAAAAUUUGAAACUGAAGCUGAAAACGUUAUGGAGGCAAUUAACGGAACUGUCGGUUAA